CCCCUGGAUGACGUUGCAAGGGAGGGGCGGGGCCUCCGCUGCCUGAUGUUCAGGUUCCGCUGUCAGUGCCUGUUGAAUGUCUGACCUGCUGAGGAAGGCGAUCGCCGGCCUUUGACGGGGCCAAUCUCGGCCGGCUCGUCAGUCUGCGGUUCUGUAUAUUUGAGUGAGAAAUCCCGUGUCUAUUGCAGAACAACCUUCAUCUUUCUGGCUAAAUGACCUCGGUGCCAGUGAUACCAGACACCUACAGCCAUGUUCUUGCAGAAUUUGAGUCCCUGGAUCCACUACUCACAGCUCUGCGCCUAGACUCCAGUCGUCUAAAGUGUGCCAGUGUAGCUGCGUCCCGGAAGUGGUUGGCGCUGGGCAGCACAGGAGGAGGACUCCAUCUCGUUCAGAAAGAUGGCUGGAAGCAAAGGCUGUUUCUCUCUCACCGGGAAGGUGCAAUCUCUCAGAUCGCCUGCUGUUCUCAUGAUGAUGAUUUUGUCGCUGUAGCUACCAGUCAAGGUCUUGUCAUUGUUUGGGAACUAAAUCACGAGCGUCGUGGGAAACCAGAGCGAGUUCAUGUGUCCUCAGAACACAAAGGCCGAAAAGUUACUGCGCUUUGCUGGGACACAGCUGUUCUGAGAGUCUUUGUAGGUGACCAUGUGGGCAAAGUGUCUGCCAUAAAGCUCAACACUUUGAAACAAGCAAAGGCAGCUGCCACCUUUGUGAUGUUUCCUGUUCAGACAAUAACAACAGUGGACUCCUGUGUUGUCCAGUUAGACUAUUCGGAUGGAAGAUUACUGGUGUCUUCACUGACGCGGUCCUUCCUGUGUGACACUGAGAGGGAAAAGUUUUGGAGAAUUGGAAGUAAGGAAAGAGAUGGAGAGUAUGGAGCUUGUUUUUUCCCUGCAAAGUGUGCUGGGGGCCAGCAGCCCAUGAUCUACUGUGCGCGCCCAGGCUCCAGGAUGUGGGAAGUGAACUUCGAUGGGGAGGUGCUCAGUACACAUCAGUUCAAGAAGCUCCUGUCAUUGCCGCCCCUCCCUGUGAUCACUGCAAGAGCAGAGCCUCAGUACGACCAUGCAGGUGGAUGUUCCCAGUCGCUGGCGUUCCCCAAACUCUUGCAUCUUAGCGAACAUUGUGUGCUGACUUGGACAGAAAAGGGAAUUUAUAUUUUCAUUCCUCAGAAUGUUCAAGUUCUUCUUUGGAGUGAAGUGAAGGAUAUUCAGGAUGUAGCUGUCUACAAGAAUGAGUUGUUUUGUUUACACUUUAAUGGGAAAAUCUCCCAUCUUUCCCUGUUAUCUGUGGAGCGCUGUGUGGAACGCCUGUUAAGGAGAGGACUGUGGGACCUGGCUGCGCGCACAUGCUGUCUCUUCCAAAAUUCUCUCAUUACCAGCAGAGCAAGAAAAACAUUGACUGCAGAUAAAUUGGAACAUUUGAAAUCUCAGCUGGACCUUGCAAUCUGCAGUGAACUAAUUUCUCACCUGGAUGAAUUAAUCUUAAAAUUUGAGCCUUUGGACUCAGCGUGCAGCAGUAGAAGGAGCUCCAUCUCAUCACAUGAAAGUUUUAGCAUCUUGGACUCUGGUAUUUAUCGUAUCAUCAGUAGUAGAAGAGGCAGUCAAUCCGAUGAAGACUCUUGCUCCCUUCACAGCCAGACCUUCUCAGAAGAUGAGAGACUUAAAGAAUUUGCCUCACACCAGGAAGAGGAGCAGCCAGAGCAGGGCUGUGGUGCAAGCAGAAAUAAAGACAGUGUUUCCCACAGUCCGGUGCCGUCCGAGAUGGAUAAGACUGAAGCUUUCCUGCCCUUCAACAUUCCACUGCCAUUUCGUUCUCCAUCUCCCCUUAUGUCUCUCCAGGCUGUUAAAGAAAGUGUUUCUAGCUUUGUGCGUAAAACUACUGAGAAGAUUGGCACCCUUCACGGAAGCCCAGAGCUGAAAGAGACUUUCGAGUCCAAGGAUGCUGAGCAAGCACAUGAGGAGGAAGCGCGUGCGGAUGCCUGCCCUGUGGAGGAGGACCCUGAGGAGAAGAAAAUUAGUCAACCUCCUGAAGAAAGCAGGCUUGAAGAACUCACAGCAGUGACAGCAGAAGCAAUGACCAAGUUACUGGACCCUCUGGUUUUGUUUGAACCCAAGUCGCUAAGAAUGGUUUUACGUGAGUGGCUUUCACAGUUAGAAAAAACAUUUGCUAUGGAAGACUUUGCUGGCAUUUCCAGUACCAGCGACCUACCUGUGAACUCGAGCGUGGAUGUGCACUGCCUUAGUGAGUCAGAAAAGAGAGUACUAGAUGAAGACAGUGGAGAGGAAACAAGGGUCUCUUCAGGCGCUGAGGAAACUAGUGGCCAAAUAGCCCGUGAAUCGGUCAGCGGCCUCGGAGAGCCCUCGAGUGGCAUUUUUCGAGUGUGUCCGCCAUACACCAUAGCAAACAGCCUUCAGAAGGACCUGGCGGAAUUGGCAGCGUUGUGCUUGGAACUGAACGUGUUGCCUUCUGCAGUGGAAAGCAGUGGACAUGUGGACGGUGCUCUACAGCAGCUCCCUCCUGAAAUCCUGGCUUGUCAUUUCCUAAAGAAGUAUUUUUUUCUCCUGGACUUGAAAAGAGCAAAGGAGAGUAUCAAGAUAAGUUACACAAAUAGCCCUUAUGUCUGGGACACUCUGAUUGAAGGGCUGAAAGAAAUGGCAAGUUGUAAUCCUGCAUAUGUGGAGAUGGAAAAAGGAGAUCUGUCCACAGGGCUACAGCUGCUGGAUGCCUUGGUCCCGUCCGACAGUCCCUUGCUGAUUGCAUUUGCCACCCGGUUGUAUGAUAGAUUUGGGGAGUCUGCCCUUCGAGCCUUCAUCAAGUUUCAUCCAUCCAUCUCGCCUUCCGACAUCGCACAGCUUUGUGCUCAUCAUCCUGCUCAGUUUUUGGCCUAUCUGGACAGUCUGGUGAAGUCAAGGCCCGAAGAUCAGCGGCCAUCCUUCCUUGAGUUUCUUCUACAACCAGAGUCCUUAAGACUUGACUGGCUGCUUUUGGCAGUAUCCCACGAUGCUCCACCAAGCACAAGUACAGUGGAUGAUGAAGGGCAUCCCAGGCCCCAUUCACACUUGCUUUCUUGGGGUUAUAGUCAGCUGGUCCUUCUUCUGAUUAAACUUCCUGCAGACUUUACAACCAAAGAGAAAAUGGCUGACAUCUGUAGGUCUUAUGGUUUCUGGCCUGGGUAUCUUACUCUCUGUCUGGAGCUGGAGAGGAGGAGAGAGGCCUUCGCCAACAUUGUCUACCUGAAUGACAUAAGCCUGAUGGAAGGGGACAAUGGGUGGAUCCCCGAGACCUUGGAGGAAUGGAAGCUUCUCCUCCAUCUGCUGCAGAACAAGAACGCAAGGCCAGUUCCUCAGGAGUCACUAAAUGGAAGCCUCAGUGAUGGCCCUGCCCCCCUCAAUGUGGAGAGUGUGGCACUGCUGUUAGCUAAGGCCAUGGGCCCGGAUCGGGCCUGGUCACUGCUACAGGAAUGUGGCCUGGCCCCUGAGUUGUCAGAAAAGUUUACCAGAACCUGUGACAUCCUGAGGAUUGCUGAGAGAAGGCAGAGAGCCCUGAUACAAGGCAUGCUUGAGAAGUGUGACCGCUUCCUCUGGUCACAGCAGGCCUAGUGGGAGACCUCACAGGACACAGCAGCAUUUGACCAAGUGGAAUCCUGCUCUAGA